CUUGUCCACAGCGGGGCCCGCCUAAAGGGUUAAUCUAUAAGAUGAGCGCGGGGCAGUGUCGUGUGCGGUGGGUCUCUGUCCAUCUCAACACCGUCUUUCACUCGUCUUCGCUUCGCCAUGUCUGACCAGUACAGCUUCUCCCAGCACCAGACUCAGGACGGUGUGAUCUUACCUCAGGUUCUCAAUCGUUGCCCACCGGGCACCAAGGCCCAUGUCCUCUGCGUGGGCUACCUACAAGCAGAUGCCGGCUUCUUCCUGCGAGGCGGCAACACAUCGACGUACUCGAACCCCGACGGCCCGAGCAAGCACGAGCGCAGAGAUCUCGUCAUGUACGUGGUCCUCAUCGAUCACCCCUCCGAGGGCUUGAUCCUGUACGAGACCGGAUGUGGUUACGACUACCCCAACGUCUGGCCAUCGGCUGUACACGAUGUCUUUCACCGUUCCAAGUACUUGCCCGAACAUGAGCUCGACACUGCCAUUGCCAAGGUCGGCUACAACAUCAAGGACGUCAAGAUGGUCAUCAUUGGACACCUGCAUCUUGAUCAUGCCGGCGGUCUUGACAAGUUCAAAGGCACAGACGUUCCGAUUUGGGUCCACAAAGAGGAGCUCCUCUCGGGUUUCUACUCGGUCGCGACGGGUGCCGACGCUGGCGUCUACCUGCCCACCUACAUGACAACCGACUACAAUUGGAAGACGUUUGACGAGCGGACCACCGACCUGGCCCAGGGCUUGACGCUGCACCACCUGCCUGGCCACACGGCGGGCCUGUGCGGCCUCCAGAUUAACCUCAUCAACUCGGGCACUUACAUCUUCGUCUCUGACCACGGUCACGUCAAGGAGAAUAUCUGGCAAGGUGUACCUCAGGGCUGGCUCGCGCGUGACCAUCAGGCCUGGUUCAACAGCAACCAGAGGCUGCUCCGUAUGGAAAAGACGAUGGGCGCCAAGAUUAUCCCCGGCCACGACGAGGACAUUGCCACGCCCCUCUUCGGCAAGGUACUAACGUAGGAACACGAAAAUCGCUUCUUGUGUUCCAUCACGGCUGAAGGUAUCUUGUUAGUGUAUCCUCUGUUUGCGUUCCACUCAACGUUUCAGUUGUGUCACACCUAUGUCAAUACUUCACACGAUGUCUAUCACACACUCACUGCCAAUGAACCUGAACUCCUCUUCUUUAUAUUAGUCUAGUUGCGUGUGUAUUGCGACAAAUUAUUGCAGAC